AUGCAGUCUCCGAAGAAAGGCCUGGUCUGCAACUUGAACCACGUCCACCUGCAGCACGUCUCCUUGGGCCUCCACCUCUCCCGCCACCCGGCGCUUCAAGGAGAUUCCAACGCUACGACCCCGAGGCGGCAGACAGACUGCCAGGACUGCCGCAGCCAAGGCGGCGGAGGCCCCGAGCUGGUGGACGCCAAUUCUAACAACGCAUCGACACCGUGCCGAUGUUGCGAUUCUCACCCGCUCCGGUCAGACAUUAAGCUGGGCCUGCCGGUCCAGGCGGUUUUGCCCAAUCGCCCCAUUGUGAAGAACGAGGGAGGGGAGGAGGACGAAGAGGAGGCAGGGACCCCUUCAGAUGCGGCCUCCUCCUCCGUAAGCAGCUGCUCGGAUCUCAGCCUCGAUGAUACCCCCGUCUCGGUGUACUACAAGGAGUUCCUCGCUGAGGAGGCCCCGAGUCCUGAUCAGCAGCCCAACAUUGUCCCGCUGGAGGACUCCCACAGUGCCGUCCCCCCUGCUGGUUGUGACGACAGAGGUUCGAAUCUCAACAUCCGACUUGGCGAGCGUCCGGCGUCCCAUGUCCAGGACAGCCCCGAUAGUCUUGGCAGCAGCAGUUCCCUGGGGUCGCCAUCUGCUUCUCCCUGCACGGAAAGCCCCGUCGAAUCACCCCCUACUGUGGUCCACAGUGUUCGCUCGAUAGUUCCGCCCCCCAUUCGACCUUGCAGGGCACCCCCAGCCGUGCCGGCCCCCCACAUUGGCACCCAGCUAGAUUCUAACUGUAAUGCCCUCCCUGUUCAGCCAACCAAGUCUGAAAAUCUCUCUGCGCUCCCCUCGGGGCAACUGGACGUCAACUUGAACCGGGCCGCUCCGCCGAGGCCUAGUUGUACCAGGGGUCCUCCUCCACCCAUUCCCCCCAGAACCAAGAGGGGGCUGCAGGGGUUGAAGCGAUGCGAAGUAGGGAAGCCGACUGCGGCAGUGACCCCGCCGUCCCUUCCGGAAUUGCAGCCAGGCCACGGCGACCAGCAGAGUGAGAACGGCAGGAAGAAUGUCACCUCUUUCCACGAGUUAGCGCAAAAACGGAAGAAGGUUCCGGCCGGGCCACCCUUUCCGCAGACGAGGAAGGACCAAAGCGACUGGCUGAUCAUCUUUUCUCCCGACACGGAGCUGCCCCCCUGUAACGAACUCACUUGUGGCAGCGUGCCAAGCCAGGAGACGACUGGCCCCCCAACCUCGCCAGACGAGCCGGCUAACCCUGCCGGCUGCGGGCAGAGAGAGGUGACCACAUUCAAAGAACUGCGUCACCGCAAGCAGAAGACCCAGCCGGCCACCAAGGUCAGCGCCCCACCGCCUCAGCUGGUGGAUUCAGCCAAGGGCGUCCCCGACGGGAAUGGUCCCCAGGAGGUUGACUGGCAGCUACCACCGAACGGGCAUUUCUGGGCGCCCAAAGAAACCCAGCCCCGGAGAAAAAAGUCUCGUCCGGGGCUGCAGCCCAUUGUGGAGCGGGGCUGCGAAGAAGACGAAGGGAUGGAGCAGCAGGUGCCCCGUAGAGGUUUCGAGGAUACGGCCCGUUGGAGGGACCCUCGGACGCCGGGGAAAGCAGAGAAAGGAGAUCGGUGCCAAGUGGAGGUCGGCGCCCUCCCUGCUUGCUCCUCCCGCCCCCAGAACCUGCCCUUCCAACCGCUUCUGUUCCGUUUCUCGGUGGUGGACGGCAAGGCGGCCGAGCCCCUGCACCCGUCUCUCUGCCCCAGCUUGGAGAGUGUGGAGCUGACCUCCCCGAGCCCUUCGGGGUCGCCCUUCUGCCCCCGCCUGAAGACCUUGUCCUGCGAGGAGGUUUGCCUGCUGGCCGGCAAGCAGGGCCAGGUUUUCGGUACCCUCUCCCCCGAGGAGCUGCUCCCCAUCCGCCUCUCCCCCAUCGGGGCCUACUCCCCGCCGGCCAGGAGCGCCCUGCCUUUCCUGGAGAGCCCCGAUCUGGCUGUGCUUUUCUCCCCUCUCUUCCCCCGCAGCAGAACUUUCCCUGCCUUAGCUUUCCCGACCCGCCAGGUCCCCGAGCUGCCGUUUGGAGCCCGUUGCCCCCUCGACAGCCAGGCUGGAGCGGGCCCGGGGAGACUGUCCCAAGACAGUAUGGGAGCCAAGAAUCCGGGACGUCCCGCGCAACUCCGACAUUCUCAGUCUUUUGGUGGGGUCCCGAGCGCAGGCCGUGCCUGGGGGGCAGACGCUGACCGAGUCUCCGUGCAGCUCAGAGAACAAAAGAAAGCCUUGCUCGUGGCAGUGAGUGCCUCGGUGGACAGGAUCGUGGCCCAUUUCAGCACCGCCAGGAACCUCGUCCAGAAGGCCCAGCUGGGAGACAGCCGGCUCAACCCAGAGGUGGGCUACCUCGUCGUGAGCACCCUGUGCCCGGCCCUGCGUGCCCUGGUGUGCGACGGCUUGAAGCCCUUCCAGAAGGACGUCAUCACCGGCCAGAGGCCCAGUUCCCCGUGGAGCGUCGUUCAAGCCCAGCCCCCCCCAGGACCCCACACCCGCUCCCUGAACGCACUCUACUGGCGGGUGUCUCGGCUGGCACCGCUCCGGAGCAACCAGCAACGCUUCCAUGCCUUUAUCCUAGGACUACUGAACAUGAAGCAGUUAGAACAGUGGUUCUCCAACCUGCAGCAGAACACAGACCUCAUCUCUGCCCUCUACCUGCCCUCGGCCUUUCUGGUCCUCACCCAAGGCUUUUGCCGCCGCUGGGCCGAAGAAGUCCUCCUCCUCCUCCAGCCGCUCUCCACCCUGACCUUCCAGCUGGACCUUCUCUUUGAGUACCAUCACCUGUCCCUGGACGUGCGGCCGGCGUCCCAUCAGGCGGGGAUGCCGGCGGAUCUCUCCGCAGCUUCCCGGAAGGUCUGUGGGCCUGGCCGCCCGCAUUUGGCGAGGCACCCGGGUGCCGUCUCCAGCCUGACGGAAGGGCCCCUGGCCCAAUCUAGCCCCCUCCACGAGCCUCAAGCGGGGGUCAGCCUGCCCCAGAGACUGCUGCAGUGGGGGGAUCUCCUCAUCCACACGCUGCGGGGCGGCGAGGCCCCCCCCAAGCUGGAGUCGUGCCCCCCGUCCGACGGCCCAGGGACCGAAGAGAAGCAGCGCAGCUGGUGGGACCAGCUGAACAUGGCUUCGGGGGCCUACGCGGACUCCUCCGACUCCUCCUCUAAGCAGGAGGGCCUGCCUUUCGCCCGCUGGACCAAGCUGCGGAUGGCUCUAGAGGAAGCCGUGAAGGAGGUCUGCGCGGGAACGGGGGGCGCUGCCCCCGGCUCCGACGUGCCCAGCCCCGGAAGAAACAGCGUGGAGAUGCUGACAAAGACACCCACCAAUGAGACGGAGCACUCUCCCGGAGUUGUUGCGGAAUGGAAGCUGGAGAUGUGUCGAUCCGGUGCUGCAGAGACUGGUUCCCAGGAGGCCGAUGAGAAGUCGGAUGCCGCGGAGAGCCCCGGGAAAGGGCAGAGGUUGGGGUGGCUCUUUGGAGCCACUUCCCCGGCCGUUUUGGGAUCUCCCCCCGAGUCCGAGUCUAGUGUGCCCAAGUCCAGCAGGCGCCCGUCUAGCUGGCUGACCCCCAGCAUCAAUGUCCUGGCUCUCGUGAUGAAGUCGGCACCCGCGGAGAAGAGCUGGGUGGAGGAGUCAUGGGAGGAAGGCCGGCCAGAUCCCCUGCAGACCUACAGGGCCGUACGCGCCCUCUGUAACCACAUGGGGACCGGGGCGGAUCAACUGAGCUUCCGCAAAGGCGACAUUCUUCGAGUCUUGGAUACGGUCAACGAGGACUGGAUCCAGUGUUGCCGUGGCGACAGCAGAGGCCUGGUUCCCGUCAGCUACACCUCUCUCAUCCUGUGAGCCGAGGGCCGGGCAGCGGGUGGGGAAAAAGAGGCCACGCCAGAGC